CAAAUCGGUUUUCUUAUCAACGACACCCACUUGUGUGUUUUGUUUUUAUUUCACAAGAUUAACAAAAUGCAAGCGCCACCACCAGAACACUGUCCCGGCGUGGAAAGCGAGCAAGCUGGCAAGGUUAGCGCCUGUGCCGGCUGCCCAAAUCAGAGCAUAUGCAGUGAUCCCAGCAAGAAAAUGGAAGAUCCAGGAAAGGCACUGGUAGCCGCUGCAAUGAAAGAUGUCAAGCACAAGCUGCUGAUACUGUCUGGCAAAGGAGGCGUGGGCAAAAGCACAGUCACAACGCUAUUGACACGUUACUUGGCACGCAGCUGUCCCGAGAGCAACUUUGGCGUGCUGGACAUAGACAUCUGUGGACCGUCGCAGCCGCGACUAUUAGGCGCUUUGGGUGAGAAUGUGCAUCAGUCUGGAUCCGGCUGGUCACCGGUGGGCAUCGAUGACAACGUGUGUCUUAUGUCAAUAGGCUUUCUGCUGGGGUCAGUGGAUGAUGCAAUCAUCUGGCGUGGUCCCAAGAAGAACGGCAUGAUUCGACAGUUUCUUAGUGAGGUUGACUGGGGCAACUUGGAUUUGCUGUUGCUGGAUACCCCGCCAGGCACUUCGGAUGAGCAUCUGAGUGUGGUGUCCUAUCUUCGCGACGAUUCAGCGCCGCAAUCCGCUCUGAGCGCAAUUAUAGUGACCACGCCGCAGGAGGUGGCGCUGCUGGACGUCCGCAAGGAGAUAAACUUUUGCAAGAAACAACGUAUACCCAUCCUAGGAGUUAUUGAGAACAUGGCCAGCUUUCGCUGUGGUCAUUGCGGCAAUAGCUCUGAAAUAUUCCCCGCUAAGACAGGCGGUGCCGCGGCAAUGUGUGCUGAAAUGGGGGUGCCAUUGCUAGGCUCUCUACCGCUGGAUCCGCUUGUAACCAAAGCCUGUGAUGCAGGAGAGGACAUUACUGCUAUGCGGAACGAGACUACUGAAGCGCUGGCAAGCAUAUGCGCCAAGAUUAAAGCAAGCUUUUAAUUUUGCAGGGGGUUUUAUAUAAAAGUGUUGUUAAUUAAAUACUUUGCCAAUUGUUUGA